GCUACCUUGAUCCAUCUAGUGGCAAUAAAGAUGUGGUUGCUGGAACAAAGUUGGAGCUUCCCUGUUGGCUGGCCAGAGCUCUCUGCUCAUCAAGACGGCACAUAGUGUCAGCCCAGUUACCGAAUACAUUUAAGGAGCGAUAUAGGGAAAUUAUGAAAGCUGAUGCAAGUGUUGUAGAUUUGCACAAACUUGGACCACACUAUUAUGAGUUAGGACAGCAUCUCCUGCCUCUAGCUGGACCUGAAGCAGCAGCGCUUGCAUCUCUUUUGACACAAACGCUCAGAGAACGGCUACGAGGAAUAAUGGACUCUGCGCAGAACUCUCUACGGGAUGAUGUGAAUGCCCAGAUUGCCAAACUAGAUGAGCUUGAGAGGACGCUCUUCCAUGCUGGCCAGAAAGCUCUCCAGGAUCACCAGCUGUGGCUGUCCCGCAGGGCUCACAUCCUCACCACUUCGACCAUGGUUGAUCAGCACAAUAAGAGGAAAUUCUCGGCAAUUGAUUCAUGAAAAAAGGGAAAUUAAAUUGAAGAUUGUGUACAGAUUUUCUCACUUUUCUAGAAUUACAAUCAUUUUGUGAAGAAUCAGUAUAUUGAAGAUAUUUAUAUUUGUAAAGACAGUGGAUUUAAUACAUAACUUGUAAUACUUGAAAUUUUAAGGGUUGGUUUUGUAUGGAAUAAUAAAGCUAAACACAUA